GCUCCAGUCUCCACACACACACACACACACUCUCUCUCUCUCUGACUGUGUGUGGAGUUACAGACCUGCUCUCUCACUCAGGAACUUUCAGCUUCAUCUGAACCUCAAAGCUCAUCUCAUAUAGUCUCGUCUGAAGAUCAGAUUUUGACUUUAAUACAGAAUCACAGAAAUGUCUGUUGGAACUGCGUCACUCUGCUACAGUUUUCGGUUUUUCAGCAUCUUCGUGUUUGUCUCUGCAGACCAGAAAAACAUCACAGCUGAGUCUGGACAGGACGCCACUCUGACAUGUCGAGCUGCAAACAACAACAUCAAAUCUGUACAUUGGAGCAGAGCUGACCUGACAGAUAAAUAUGUGCUUUUGUAUCAGGAUGGUCAGUUUGAUCCAGAAGAUCAACAUCCAUCUUUCCAGAACCGGGUGGAUCUGCAGGACAGACAGAUGAAGGAUGGAGACGUGUCUUUGAUUCUGAAGAAUGUGACGAUUAAUGAUGCUGGAACAUACGAGUGUCGUGUCUACAUGGCAGAAAGACACUCAUGGAAUUAUAUCAACACCACCUACCUUCGUGUUGAUCCUCCAGGUCAGACAGGAGGACUGACCGUCGGUCUGACAGUUUCUGCAGUACUUCUUCUUCUUCUUGUUGCUGUUGGUUUCCUGAUCUACAGAGGAUGUAAACUGAAUCCUGCUAAACCUCAUGAAGCAGAGGAUCUUCAGCCUGAAUACAAAACCAUCACAGCUGAGUCUGGACAGGACGUCACUCUGACAUGUCGAGCUGUAAAUAAUGAGUCAGAGAAAAUGAACCAGCAGCUUCAUCAGGUUGAUCCAACAUACACUGAAACAUCUCUCUCAGUCUGAUCCUCUCUGAGUCUCAGUCACUCACUGUAAAUGACCUCAUCAAUAUUUUUCUUCAUAAACUGGUUCAUACGUGCAUAUUAUUCUGUUAUAGCUUGGACACAGCUAAUGUUUUUAUUUGGAAAGGUGUAGAACGACCAGGUGUCAAACAUCAGUCGAUGUAAACUACACAGCAGCACAAGCUCCAACGUACAGAGAGAAGGUUUGCUCAACGGUUAAGAAAUGGGGAAAAGUUAGUAGGUGUAGUUCUAAGUUGCAAAUAGUUCCCUAGCACCUGGUUGAUGAGGGAACAAGGUUGGUAUCAAAGUUUGUUGUGUAAAUGUGUAGUUUGUUAUUUCACAGAGCAUAAAGCUGCUGACUGCUACUGAGUGUAACGGUUACGUUUUCACCCACUAGAGGGCGGUCACGCACCUCGGUCAAUUUUUCAUGUUUAGUCAGCUAUGAAAAGGUUUACAAGAUUCACUGUUAUAUGCUUUUUAAGGUCAAAGACAAUUGUAAUCGUAAUUUUAUCUCAGGGUAUAGAAAAGGUAAGAGGCUAAAUGUUAGAAGGGUUGAAUAAAUAUACACGGCAAAAGCGCUCGAUGUAGAAACUCAAGGGCCUUAAAGGUGUAAUCAUUUAAAGUAAUGAAUUCAUUUAUGAUUAAUAAAUAAGGAAAAGGGUUAAAGGUUUGAGUUACCAAUGGUAAUUUUAUUCUGUAUAUUUUGUAGCUUGUACGGUGUGAUCACAUUCAAGGCUGUUCAAUAAAAGGAAUGUGAACCAUCAGUUUGGAGACCAUCUUUUCAGCCUGGGAUGCUGUGCUCAUUUCUUCACUUUAAAUUAUUCCUUUUUUAAUUUGUGUCAUUGGCAGAGAAGAUAAAUUAUGUGAAGUUCAUCAUGUCACUUGUCACCACAGAUUUAAAUGUAGGUUUGAUAUCUCUGUGUCUUUGUUAUUAACACUGUGGAUUUUUCUCAUAUACUGAGGUUUGAAACAUUUCUGGACUUAGUGAAGUGUUUCUGUCUGUGUAAGAGACGUUGACUUGAUAGUGUGGAUUAAAUGUUGGAUAAUAUUGAUGAAUUUUGUCUGCAUGUGUCGAGAAUCAAGCUAACAGCUAACACACUGUUAAUUUUACAGAAAGUGAAAAAUAAAUCAAAUAUUUGUGACAUUUAGUUAUUAAACAGUGAACAUGAUAAACUGAACCAGUACAUGUAAAACAUCCAGAGCAGCUCAUGGGGCUCCAAUUGUGGUCAUCAAUAUUUUGUACUUGUAAAUCAGACUGUGUAGUUGUGAAGUUUUCUAACCUUGGAAACCAAAAUAUUUGAUAAUGUUAUGUUUGUGCAUCUAUAGAUGAGCAAGCAAAAAACUACAUGUAAACUCUACAAAGUUCCCUGCUUGUGUGUGAGUUUCAACGUACGAGUACGACUUUUGACCUGAUUUUCCUUCCUUUCUACUGAUUGGUCAGUGUCAUGCCAAUCAGAGAACAGAUGGGUUUGGCUUAUGUCGUGGUUUCGUGGUUUCGCUUUACCAAGCUUCAAGUCCUGGAAGGGUGAUACAUCUUAAAGAUGGAGGAUGGCGACAGUACUGCUUCAGUGCAGUGUGAGUCAAGGCCCUUUCACAUUGGAUGCACCAUGAUGCGCUCACUGCUAACUAGAGCAAAGGAUCCAAAAGUUGUGCUUUGCUGCCACACUACGUGUACUAGAUGUGCCUUCUGCUCCUUGUCAUUUCAAAAUGUCACGGUUCUGGGUCAUGUUGACCCAGCUUUCUGUUUUUCAUGCUUUGGUGUUUUUCUAGAUUAUGAUUUAUGAUUUGAUUAAUCAGUGAUACUGUUUUGAUUAUGAUUAUUAUUUAGUAGGCUUUGGUCAGUGUUAAGUCUGUCUCUCUCUGUCUAGUCCGUGUCUUAGUAAAGUGUGUUUUGUUUCCUGUUUUACUUUGAAGGUUCUUGUUCCUGUCUGAUGUCAGUGCUCCGGCUUUGCUCUCCCUGUCUCGUUAGGUCUUAUUUCUCCCAGCUGUGUCUCCCUCCUGUGGCCCAUUCCCUGAUUACUCCCCGUGUAUUUAAGCCCUGUGUUUUCCUGUACUCGGUGUCGCGUCGUUAAUGUCUGUUCACCCUCGCUUCUGCUGUGUGUUCCAUUUGCCAGCCUGCCAACCUGUCUAGUUAUUCUGUUCACCCAGUUUAGUUAGUGUUUUUCCUGUUCAGUUUCAUACCAGCAAUAAAGCUGUGCUUUGAGUUACUUCUGCCUCCGUGAGUCCUGCGUUUUGGGUCCUCUCUCCCUGCCUGCCUACACACAGACGUGACACAAAACAUAUAUCUCUCUGACUUUAUGUCCUCUAUGAGAGUUUGUGUUGUAUUGUAUUGAUGUCUUUCAUCAUCAUCAUCAUCAUCAUCACACAGACACAGAUACCUGCUAAUCAGUAACAUCCAGAUACAAUCCCACAGUCUCACCAAAACUGGAGCUCAGACUUCCUGGCAGAAGGAGAGAGGAGCUGGAAAAAAGGUGGAUCCUUUAUGAGUCCUUUUACCUUCAGGUAGAAAAGGGGCGUGGCCACAGCAGGAAUAUACAGACCAUGGAGGGAGGACUCCUGUGAGUGAGCUCUGAUAUCUGUCACUCUAAUUUAUGCUGUGAAUGUAUUUAAAAAGUGUCUCUAAAUAUGAAACAUGUCAUUAUCUCUGUUACACCUGACAUCAUAAGAUGCUGCUGUUUGUGGACUUUAA